AUGGCUUGGAUAUCAAGAGGUCAAUCCGGUUUCGUCCAAGAUACUCCCAAUGGACACACAUCCGCCGUCCCAGCCAUUGCCACUCAUUGCGGCUCCCUUUGGUGUCUCUGGAGUGACCCAUCGGGCGACUUGUACUAUGCCAUCGGUGACAAUGAUAUCUUCCAAACUCGAGUUCGCUUUCCCGACCAAGGAAUUCCAGUUAUGGCUGAACUUCUCGGCCGUCUUCAUGCCGUAAUCGUAAGAGCUGACGGAAAAAUUGCUCAUUAUGAAUAUAACGAUGCGGGAAAAGAUUGGGAUGCUCCUACUAUCCUUGACAAGGGCCCAGGACUGUGGACAGACACUACACCAGCGCUAAUGAGCCAUAAUAAUAAUUUGAUUCUGGUAUAUAUCCAGAAUUCAUACUUGUAUUAUUCAACAUGGACAUUAGAUUCCGAGGAUCAACCAAUUUGGAAAUAUCCUCAGGAAGUGAGUGGCAUUAGUAAGGUAUCUGGUAUACCUGCUUUGUUUGUGUUGAAUGGAGAUUUACAUGUGCUUUGUUCCUCUUUAGAUGAGGAUCGCACAAUUCUCGGCUUCAAAUAUUCGUUGCCGGAAGAUGUGUGGAAUUCUUGUGAUGAUGUUAGUGAGGGAAAGGCUGCACAAGGUGUUUCUGCUACUUCUUAUGGUGGAAGCUGCGCAGAAUCCAACAUCCCUUUCGUACGCACCCAAUACCUCUCCAUAAAAUCCCAACUAAUCGCUGGUCUCCGCUUCCUCGAUCUCCGCGUCCGCGUUCACACAGAAGACGGGCAACUCUACAUGUACCACGGCGGCAUCCCCAUAAACAUGCCCUUCUAUCUCAAAUUCGACUUCGUCAUGCAGGAAAUAUUCGAUUUCCUCUCCCAACAUAGCCAAGAAACAAUCCUAAUAUCCAUCAACAACGACGACACCUCAGGCAAAGAACCCCCUUCAGUAUUCUACUCCGCAGUCGCCAAACACAUCACAUCUAUUCCUCCCUAUCCCUCCGGCGAACCCCGCUGGCUAACCUCAACCGCACCUUCAACACUCGGUGAAGCCCGCGGAAAAGCAGUAUUAUUCCGCCGCUAUAAGUGCGAGGAAGAUCUAGCUCCGGAGGAUAAAAUGGGUUUAGAUCUUAGUGGGUGGUUAGAUAAUAAUCCUGAUUUUACAUUAGUAACUGAAAGUGGCGUGACGAUUCAUCUGCAGGAUAAAUGGCAGUAUUCGCAUAGGAUUCCGUUGAAGGGAUUGGUGGAAAGUAAAUAUGAUUAUGUGGUUCGUAUGUUGGAGAAAGCGCGGGAUGGGGCGGAGGAUGAGUGGUUUCUUAAUUUUAUGUCGGCUGUGGGGGAUCCCGUGCAGAGGGGUGAGGUGGCCGAGAGUCAUUGGAUAGCAGUAGGCGCGCACAGUAAAUUCAUCGGCACCUUUAUUCAAGGAAUGAAUCCGACUCUUCGUACGAAUUUUGAUUGGGGCAUUAAAAAACGCUAUGGUGUUAUUCCGAUGGAUUAUCCGGAGUUGCCGAAGGAUUCGGAUUUGAUCGCUUUGGUUGUGGGGUGUAAUAUGUAG